AUGGAGGUGGCGAUCUCAGCAGGAGGGCGCCUGGUGGCCAUAGCUCCCCUCCUCUUCCUCUUCCAGCUGCUUCCCGCCUUCUUGCAGCUCCCACUGGUGUCCGGCGUCGGUACGUCUCGCGGUUUUUUGUUAGUAUGUUUGAACUGAUCGUGGGGAAUUCGAUUUUCGUUUGCCGGGUGGAGAUCUUACAGGUGUGGGAUCGGUUUUUUUAAUGAUAUACGAUGGUUUGGGGGCUUAGGGCUGCGGCUAGAUUGGCCUUCAUCUACGAUGGCCAUUGUUGAUGAUGUCUCGUUCCUGGAAAUUCCUCUUUAGAGUGUUAACUGAUGCGAAAGGUGACCUAGUUCGUAAGGGGGCGUAAUGCAGUUAUAUAGGAAAGCAUCUGGUUUGGGGUUGAUAUUUUAAAUAACCUGAUAACCUUUUUUUUUUGCGUGGACUAUGAGUCGUGGAGGACUCUCUUUUUUCUCUUCAUGUUCUGUCAUGACGGAAUGACUCCUUUUUCAUGAUCUGUGGUUGAUCAUGAUUCGAGUGAUCAUACAAUUUAGUGUAUUGUGAGAGAUUUUUUUUUAAAACUCUCCUUUUUGUCCUUGCUUUACUUCCUUUCCUUCCUUUAGGUUUAAGAACUUCUGGAAAUGUGAAAUAGUGAAUGAAGUCUUCAUUUCCACAUAGUUCUGUGGCUUUAUCAUGCAGAGGUCAUGUGACAACCUGCAUGACAAAUGAUUACAUUAGACUCUGGCUGAAAUCGAACUUUGUCUACGACCGAGAGUUAGGAGUAAAAUUAACUUUUGAGUGAAACUUAGGAGAAGCCUUAGGAAAGUGCUCUACAUUGACUAAAUUAACAGUUUGACUAACCUUUUCUUUUGUCACUUAUGGUUCUUGUGUAAAUGGUAUAUUAGAGACCUCCAUUCAUAUGCACGACUCUUUUUCACUGUUUAUCCUGAACAAUUAGUCAUUUAUUUUAGUAGACUACAUCUCAAGUUUGUAAAUUUCGGAAAAAGAAUGUUUGCUGUAGGACACGACAGUUAUUACUUUGAUGAGAAUUUAUGUCCUGAGAAUUAAUUUAUGAUAAUCUUGCAGAUGCCAAUGAUAGAGACGCCUCUACUUUACUAAAAUUGGCAUCAGAAAAUGUCAAGUUGGGGCAGUACAGUGAAGCUCUUGAGAACCUCAAUGCUGCUAUAGAUAAGAAGCCAGAGUUUUCUGAAGCCUAUCAAGACCGUGGGCAUGUCCUUCGGCAGUUAUGCAGGUACUUCAUUUAUGUUGGCUGAUCUCAACAAUAUAUGACCGAUCUCAUUUGUCUCUGUCAACCCGAUACAGGUUAUGUGUCUGAUCUCCACAAUAUAUGGAUCCAAGUUCUUGAUUCAAUCCCAAGUCUCUCCAGACACUUCGAUCCAUAUAAACAUUCAGUUCCAAACUUUAACCCAAAAUAUUUGGAAUGAAGAAAAACAUCAGGCAGUGGUCCCUUGCGUAGGCUACCAGCUGUGUGGGGUUAGAGAUGCAGUCGUGCAAAGGUUGGAUUGGUGACUAAAUUUGAGAGGCUUGGGUUGGAAGAUAGAUAAAAAUAAAUCAUUAUUUACAGGAGAAAGAGGGGCAGAUAGAGGCUCUCAAAUGGGUUGCACAUGGGUCAGGCAACAAUUGGGCUGAAUUCAGAAGUGGCAAACAUACCACCACUGUUUUCCUAUUCCACGAGUCACUUUCGUUGAUUGAACCGUGGACAGAACGUUUGUCUGUCUCACGAGUCUGUCAUAUUACGCCUCCUUGUCAGAAAGGACAUCGAGCCUUGCUUUAGAGGAAUGAUAUUGCUGAUUUCCUUAUAGAUGCACGGUUUCCAUGUGCAGUCAUUAAGUACGGCAUAAUUGAUUGACAUUUAUUGACUAAGUAAAUCGAUCCAUUUUCUUUUGGUCCAAGAAGACAAUAGGACUAGAAACACUAUACUUCAACUUAUCAUCUGAAUAAAUUUUUGUUGUUGAUGUAGAUUUGAGGAAUCAGAGAAAAACUACAAAAGGUUUCUUGAACUAAAGCCAGGAAGUUCAUCAGUUGAAAAGGAGCUGUCUCAGUUGUUACAGGCCCAAAGUGCAUGGGAUUCGGCAUCUGCACUUUAUGAUUCGGGUGAUUAUUCAAGGGCCCUGGAUCAUAUUGAAAAGGUCGUUCUUGUUUUUUCGCCUGGUUGUUUAAAGGUAUGCUUAUAGAUCAUCAGUACUUUCCAAACUUAUUUAUUCAAUGGUUUUUUAAGUGAUUAUUAUUCAUUGUAAAAAAAUGGGGGAUUUUAUUGUUCUAUGUUUCAUUGCAGGCAAAACAUCUUAAAGUGAAGCUAUUAUUGGCUCUAAAAGACUACUCUAGUGCUAUAUCGGAGACUGGUUAUAUACUCAAAGAAGAUGAUAGUGAUUUGGAAGCACUGCUACUACGUGGGCGUGCCUACUACUAUUUAGCUGAUCAUGAAAUUGCCAUGAGGUUUGUUUACUUUUUUGCAAGCUAAGUUGAUUCGAUGUCUUUCCCCUCUAACCAUGAGGAUUUUGAUUUUUCUGUCGGUUUGCUUAUAAUUUAAAUCAUACUGGUCCUUUAUACUAUGGCCUGGUUAGUAUUUGGUGAAAAUAAUGGAGGGUGCCAGGGUUUCUGUAGGGGAUAAUGUUCCCUAACGUUUAAAAGUGUGUUUGUUAACAAUUAUGGUCUUCAACCAGGCACUACCAGAAAGGUCUACGCCUUGACCCUGAACAUAGUGAAUUGAAGAAAGCAUACUUUGGUUUGAAAAAUCUACUAAAGAAGACGAAGAGUGUAAGUGUUGAUUUACUUCAGGCUCAUAUGCAAAGAAUAGUAUCGUGCUUGUAGAGUUUACUUGCCUGCUUGUUUGAGCAUAUUGUAUUUUUUGCAGGCAGAAGACAAUUCUGAGAGGGGAAAGCUGCGUGUGUCAGUCGAAGAGUAUAAAGCAGCCCUUGCCGUGGACCACAAUCAUCUGGCACACAAUGUGGGUCUUUAUCUAGGCUUGUGUAAGGUAUUGGUUAAACUCGGAAGAGGAAAAGAUGCUAUCAGCAGUUGCACAGAAGCACUUGAGAUCGAUGGAGAGCUUGUUGAGGCAUUAGUCCAGGUUCCGCUCUGCUCCCUUUUUCCUUUUUGUGGUACAAGACCUAUAUAUGCAUCUGUAUGUCUGUAUCUCUCUGCUUUCGGUCUGUUCAGAGAUAUUUACUGGGAACGGACUUUUAAUGCUGUUGAGUAUAUGUACGUUUAUAUCUUAAAUGUUAGUAUGGCAGAAAAUUCGCUGAAGAAAAGAAGAACUUAAGGUUAACCUUUCUUUCCUCCUCCAGCACACGUGUGGCCCUGAUGCCUUGUGGUUGUUUAUUGUUUGCGGUAAAUUGUGUAUGCAUUGUUGUGUUAAUGGGUGUUUAGGGGGGAAAUAGAAGGAUCUAGAAGGGGAAUCACACAAAUGUGAGGAAAAUAAAAAGAAUAUUUUGAUUUGGUUUUCAAUGCGUAUGAUUCUGCAUAUCUUUUCCAUGCAUAAUGAGUUCAACAAUUUCGAUUGGCCUAUUUUCUUUAUAUUUUUUUGUCAAAUUAAAUUUUUCAUAGAUAAGAUUCUCAAACUGAUCUCUUAACAUGGUCGAUAUGUCUAUGGAACACAGGCUGAAGAACAAUCUGUACUCUUUUUUUCAUUUAUUUUGUUAACUAGUAGUAUUUUCCCAUUAAAAAGAUUUAUAUGAAUUUACCGAUAGUUGUUGAACCCUCUUAUCUUAAUGUAACACUGCAAUUGGUUUGUAUUGUCCAAGCUUUUCCAUAAUUAUGCUGGAAGAGCACUUAUCCCUUUGCUUACGACGAAUAUUGCCUCACUUUUUAUCAUCUGACUGUCUGUGUUUCACCUUCACAGCGAGGUGAGGCCAAGCUUUUAACGGAAGAUUGGGAAGGGGCUGUGAGUGAUCUGAAGGAAGCCUCUCAAAAGUCUCCUCAGGUUAGUGACGACCGUUCAUGUUUUAUAUGUGCAGAUUAUGUUCUCUUCAACAACGGUCUGUGUAUUGCUUCGGACUACUGAAGACGAUAUACUACGAAUUCAUUGAUCACUAAUCAUUUAGGUUUCAUGUUUCUUUUGACUUACUCAUUAUGCGCCUUGCUUUUGGUGGUUACGUCACUUCUUCAGGAAUACUUAAUACAGCAAGAUGAGGGCUGUAAUGUAGAAAACAUUAUCCCAAUUUUAUUAAUCUGAUGUAAUUAAUCCAAAUAUAGUACCCAGCUGAGAACGAUUGUGAGCUGUUAGACAGAAUUCUGUAUUUUUUUUCCUUGAUGCAUCUGAAUCCUGCACCAUGUAAGAAAACAUUAUUUGAAUGAUCCCAACUUUAUUUAUCUGGUGUAAUUAAUUCAAAUAUAAUACCCAGUUGAGAACGAUUGUGAGGCUGAAUCCUGCACCAUUUAAGAAAACAUUAUCUUCUUUUGGUUGGAUGAAAUAUGCGAUUUUGUUAUUUCUUAGGACAUGAACAUUCGCGAAGCGUUGAUGAGAGCCGAAAGAUCAUUGAAGAUGAGUCAGCGCAAGGACUGGUACAAGAUACUGGGGAUCUCUAGGACUGCUUCUAUCGCCGAGAUCAAACGUGCUUACAAGAAGCUGGCCCUGCAGUGGCACCCGGACAAGAACGUCGACAACAGAGAGGAAGCAGAAGCCAAGUUUCGAGAAAUUGCUGCAGCCUAUGAGGUGAAUCUCCUACUUACUAUGGGCUCCAUCCACAUUGCCUUUCUGUUUCCUACGAUUUCAUGCUCUCUGCUUGGUCUACUGCUCACUCUCAAGCUCGUUUUCUAAGUUAGCAUCUAGCUACCCAUCUCCACAUUUCCAUAAAUGAUAGCACUCUGAAGUAUCGAGGUUCAAAGGCUGGGUUUUUUUUUUAUCCCUAAAUUUAGUUAACUCUACGUAUCUAAUUGACAGAGACAGACAUGAGUUCCUCCCCCUCUCACAAAUAAGGGCAGAUAGAGAGAGAGAGAGAGAGAGAGAGAGAGAGAGAGAGAGAGAGAGAGACAGACAGACAGACAGACAGACAGAGGCAGACAGAGAGGGGAACUUAUGUCUAUCUACCUACAUGUGUAAUGGACAGAUCGACAGCUAAAAGGACUACUCUUGCAACUGUGUAGAGAGAGAGAGAGAGACAGACAGACAGACAGAGGGGAACUUAUGUCUAUCUACCUACAUGUAUAAUGGACAGAUAGACAGCUGAAAGGACUACUCUUGCAACUUUGUAGAGAGAGAGAGAGGAGAGACAGACAGACAGACAGACGCAGGGGAACUUAUGUCUAUCUACCUACAUGUGUAAUGGGCAGAUAGACAGCGUUGACCUCCCUCAAACAAUCUCUUGCAACUGUAGAGAGAGAGAGAGAGAGAGAGAGAGAGAGAGAGAGAGAGGGAGAGAGAGAGGGAGAGAUGUUGCCUGAUAUGAAUGACUGAUGCCUGAAAUCUUCAUGUGUAGGUGCUUGGAGAUGAAGAGAAACGGGUGAGAUACGACAGAGGAGAAGACGUCGAUGAGAUGGGCAUGGGAGGGGGAGGGGCCGGGUUCAACCCUUUCGGAGGCGGCCAACCCUUCACCUUCCACUUUGAGGGGGGCUUCCCCGGUGGCUUCGGGUUCAACUUCUGA